AUGACCUUUGGAUCGGGCGACAACGGGGGCUAUGACAAGGCUGACGUAGCCUCACAAUGCUCGUCGUGCCCUUCUUGUGCGGCCCCAUGCGAUGACGCCUGCGAUGCCCAACCCUGCGACGAAACCUGCGAGACGGAGCCGUGUACGGACACUUGCUUCGUUGAGCCCUGCCCUCCCGACUGUGCCGUGUCAUCUCCGCCUUGCAACAGUCCUGAAUGUGACAAAGAUGAUACCUGUGCAAAUGAAGCCUGUCUUCAGAGUGGUCUGCCUUCGCGAUGUAUCCCCGAGGCCGUCGCCGCCGAGGCCUUGACGUCCUUUGCGGACAUGGAUGCCUUCAGUUUCGACCUGACAGCUGGCGCAGGGGCUUUCCCAAAUUAUCAAAACGCGCAAGAGUACGACUGGAGCAUGGGGCCGCAGGCACAGGCCCAUUUGCGUUUGCCACCACCGCAGCAGCAGCACCAGCAACAACACCAACAACAGGGGCCUAGCCACUCCAUGAUUAUCAACAACAACGCACCUUUCGACUUCAACGCCUUCCUCAACCCCGCCCCCAACGUUCCACAGGCAUAUGACCAUGGAUUUUUCAACCACUUGCAUGAAUACCAUUGGGAUCACCAGAACCAUAGCCACCAGCAUGGCCAUGGUGGCGGCCAACACCAGAACCACCCUUGCCCUAUCGACAGCUCGACCACAGUCGAGUCGACCUGCAGGUUGCCUGUCACAGCCAACACCUACAUGCCUAUGGCAGGAGGGUUGGGGCAACAGCCACCUUUUCAGUACUGCGGCUACGCGUCGCAUAACGCUGCUGCGUACGCUGACCACGUUCUGACUGCUCAUACAGACCUGCUUCGCCAGUGGCCAUUGUUUAGCCAGCAAAACCCCUCCAAUAGCACCUACAUCAACAACUACCAUUACAUGCAGAACCAGAACAACAUCAUAGGCAGCCAGCAAGACAUGAAUCAGCAGGAAUGGCAGCAGCCUAUGGCACCGCAAGAGCUGCGCAUGGGCUCCGCCCCCGUGUCUUCAUCUACAGCCGCGUCUGUUCCUCAAAGUCCCCAAGGGGAGCAGAGUACUCCGAGCACGCCGCCGUCGCUGGAGAUGACCGACGCAGCGAGCGAUAGCGCUGCGGCACAAGUAAAGCAGCCCAAGGAGUCACAGCUUCUUGACUGUUCCAAUGCAUACAAAUGCUUCUGGAAAGACCCUAGCACCGGGCAUAUCUGUCAGCUGAACUUUGACUCUGCGGAUGAUCUGGAUGCGCACAGCAGGUCGCAGCAUGUCAAGAUUCUGGAGCGCUGCGACUCUGCCAACCCAAAGGACGUUGACAGACACGGACAACCCAAGCGUGGCUACAAGUGCAUGUGGCUUGGCUGCAAGCGGGAAGGGGAUAUCUUUUCCACACGGGCCAAGCUGUCUCGACAUUUGCAGACACAUACGGGAUUUAAGCCUAUGGAAUGUCCAUAUUGUGGAAUGCGUCUUUCUGCCAAGCAGGCACUCGAUCAGCAUGUCCGCACCCACACCAACGAGCAUCCAUACAAAUGCCAUUUCCCAAAAUGCUCCAAAGCAUUCAAGCAGCACAGUGCCCUGACGAUGCACUUGCGAACUCAUACUGGUGUGAAGCCCCUACAAUGUGAUAUCUGCCUCGCCACGUUCACCGAGUCGUCCAAUCUCAGCAAACACAGGCGAACCCAUAAUGAACAUGGUGACUUUAUGUGCAGAAUAUGCGGCAAGGGGUUUCAUCGCCUGGAUCAACUGCGACGUCAUCUGCAUGCGAACCACAACGACCAGCCAGAGGUUGUCAAGCAGAAUCUGGACGCGGUGAUACAUUUGAAGAAGAAGCCUCCUCAGUUCAGCUCGCAAACGCCGACCUCGAUAAAAUCGGAAGCGGCUCCUGACGAAGAGCUUUCAGCAUGA